UGACAAAUUCCUUGUGCCAGUUGGUCGAUGGAAGAAGUUGUUUUGCUUUCGUUUUCAUCACAUGUAGCGCUCUUUUCUUUCUUCCACAAGGUCCAAAACUAAGCGUUUCCGCCUCUCCAAUGCUCAUGGAACUCUUUGAAUCCUAUUAAUGCUUGUCUACAGUUCAAAAUGGCUGGUAAUCCAAGCUGGAACAUGGACGAUCUCAAUGUGGAGGGUGGACUGUCAACUGAUUUAUUCAACCUUUCUGGAUUAGGAAAUGAUAUUAGUAGUGCUGACCCAGGGGCUUACAAAAUGAGUGAAGUGCUCGAUUUACCCAUUUUCAAGGAAAAUUCCCCUGUGUUUGGAGACCUGGCAGACACAACAUCCGACAACCAUCAAAUUCAGCCUGUUGUAAAGCAAGAGAAACACAUGAUUUCCUGCAACCAUUCCAGUACUCCAAACAAAACUGCUCGCCUGUUUGAUUCCUGCAGCUUUUAUCAUACAUUGGCUGCACCAACAGCACCUGGAAAGAAGAUGGGAGAAGACACUUUGACAUACCUGAAUCAAGGUCAGUCAUAUCUUGUGGAACUCAAGUACCUUGGUGAUUUGUCAAGAUUUGAAGGCUGCUUGAUAAAGAGCAAAGUAAAACUGACUUUCUAUGAAAGAAAAGUUCAAAGACAAGAAGCAGAAAAAUUUGAAGAAUGGAGAAACAACAGACCUCUGGAAAGGAUAUUAGAAAUUGAUGUUCCGAUGUCCAAUGGGUUAAGCAACAUCAGAAGUGAAGGCCAUAGCACUAAUGCAUACACAUUUGAAUGGAAUCCAGAGAAAGACACUAAGUUAUAUAUCAUAAUCAAUUGUGUCAGCUCAGAGUUCACCAAAGGAAAAAGUGGAGGUGAGAGUGGAGUUCCUUUACAGCUACAGAUUGAAACACAGCUCCCAGAGUCUUCAUCCAAUAAUGGUCUAAUACACUGUGCAUGCUGUCAGAUAAAAGUAUUCAAGUCUAAAGGUGCUGACAGAAAACAUAAGAAUGAAAUGCAAAAACUGGAAAACAAAUCACAAGAUGAAAUUGGGCAGUUUCAAAUGUCAAACGAUGUCACACAUCUGAAGGAGAAACCAUUAGUGACAGAAGACGAUGAAACAUGGAUGACACCAAAACAAAUAUCACCUAGGUCCAUUGCCGUGGCAACCCCUGUGUCGUCACCUGGCUCAGCAAGUUUGUUAAGCACACCAAGUGCAGACUCACAAUGUGCUUCAGUUUCGUGCACUCUGGUAAAAGAACUCACAUCAAAAUCAUCUGUUGAAGAAACCAGGGCGUGGCUACAAGAGAAUCGAUUUGCUCACUACCUUAACAUGUUCACAAACUUCACUGGUUCUGAUCUGCUAAGAUUAUCGCGAGACGACACAAUACAACUACUCGGUCCUGCUGAUGGUAUUCGAUUGCAUAAUGCUCUUCAAUCAAGAGCAACGCGUCCUUUGCUAACCAUAUACAUCUCCCUGGAAUCAACUCAACAAGACUCGGGGAUGAAGGAAUACCAUGGGGUGUACCUAGAGGCUUUAACAGUGAACCACUUGACGAACAAGCUAGCAAAGAAGUGUAGCCUAGCAGACGAUCAAAUCGUAGCGAUAUAUAGGCAAGGCCCGACGGGUAUUUACAUUUUGGUCGAUGACCAGAUGAUCAGAAACUUCGGCGAUGAAGCUCACUUCGUAUUACAACUGUUAAGAGAGCGAGAUGGCAAUACUUAUCGAAUUAUUUUAAAGUAGAGAAAGAAAUACAAUAUUUAAAUUAUUGCUAAAUUUAUAGUAUAUUACCGAUGUAUGAAAUGCACUUACGCUGGGGUUUUGAGAAGAAAAAAGGUAGCGCGCGGCAUGUUCACGGUUCACAAGAGCCUUCCCCUGUUAAGCCAAUCAUAGCGCUGCACCGUCAUUGUCACGGAGCGACACAUUUCUACCUUAUUUUCAAAAUUAAUAGAGCAGAUAUCGUUUAACUAUGAGAAACGUUACGUUAGAGCAAUUUUCGUUUGACUGUGAAAAGCUCACGGCAUGAACACUACGGACGUGACACGGCAAGGCAUACGGCACCAGACCUUGAAUCACAUUGCUCGAGAAUUUACUCAAUCAAAUGCCCGAAACACGGCAUGAACACGGCGUAAACACCGGUCACAGCAAUGUCACGGCACUGCCAGACCAAUUACAUUGCGCGUGAAAAAAUCAGCCAAUUAAGGCACACAUACAGCACCGACUUUAUCACAGUCGUACGAAAACUGCUCUUUGCAAGUGCUGUUCCGUGACCGUGACGGUAACGUGUUCGAGCGUUUUGAUUGGCCAGUAUUAAUUUCUCUCUAGCAUGACCGCGCUGUGCAGUGAUUUUCAUCGUCAUUCAAAAAGUACUCUAUCUGCUCUAACCUUGUAUUGUCUGGUUUGCCUGGCUUGCCUCUAGGCGCCUUACGUUCGUGAUAAUGGUUUAGGCCGAGGGAACAACGUGCGCACAGUCAGCUGUAGUGAUAAUAGGCGGCUUAACCUUUUUACUGUUUUGUUGAAUUUGGCUGCUCUCACUUCAAGAAUUAUAAUACCAUUUGCCUGUUUUUGGUCUUUUCCCGCCAGUUCGCACUAAAAUGCAAAUGAGACUGUUUUACAUCAAGCCUAUUAGUAUUGCAUCACACACUUGACAAAAAUUUCAACUUAUUAUUUUAUUUUUGUGAUGUUUUGGUUUUCAAAACCGCUACAUUUGGCUACUAAUGGUCUAAUUAAGUAUCACUAAUAAACCAUUAGUAGCUCAGCCUAUCAGAGCGCAGGAUUUGUGAUAGACCAUUGGUAGGUUUAUACAAAUGCUCGGAAACACAACGCUCUGAAAAUAAGAUAACAAUAUUGUUCCUCAUAAAGCACCAUGCUAUAUAUGAUACAAGCAGUAGAAGAGUUGCAGCACUUUUAAAAGAAACAAUAUGCGAAUGGAGGCCAAAAAAAUAUUCCCAAGAUGGCGGAGAUGACUUCACUUUGUAGACCACUUGCAGUAAAACCAUGAUACUGACAAACAGUAGUUAUUUGAUUAAUGAUUAAUAGAGUGAUUUUAUUUAACCCGUGAAAAAAUAGUACGCAUGACAGUUAGAAGUAGACUGUAAACCCAUUACUUUCUUUUUAUCACCUCUAACCAUCUUUCUUUCACGGGUUAAAUAAAAGCACUAUAGUUACUAUCACUCAACCAGAACAUUCACUACACAGAGAAACACACAUGAGACCAUUUGUGUCUUGGAGUAAUGAAUGUUCUGGUUGAACAACUCCCAGUAUUAGUUACUAAAUAGCUACUAUUUCUCAGUAUCAACUCUGUUUUCUUGUUUUUACUGCAUGUGCUCAACAAGGUGGCUCUUGUUCAGUAUGUAAUUAGGUAAUAAUUGAAAGAUUUACUUGAAAAACAAAUGUAACAUUGAAAACUAGAGAUAAUAAAGUCAGAAUACGUCAUAACCGCAAAA